UCGUACGUUCAGCACAAACUGAUUCAAACUGUGUGCCCCUCGGUCGUCUCUCCCAUGUCGACGCACGAUCCAAAUCGUCUUGGAACAGCUGGAUCGGCAGACGGUUUUCGAAGGUUCUCGAAACUGCUAUCGUCAGCCGCAAAACUGUCACGGCGGCGUAAGGCCUCGUCUCCUAAACGCUUUUCUCAUUCCAACUCUUGUCAAGUUGGUCUACACUUUUGGCUAUGGUUGCUUACGGCAGCUGACCGUGCAUGUGACUCGGUGCCUUCAUUUGUCUCGUGUCACUUUGUCGAGUUGUACAUCGGUCUUAAGGCUGGGGUCUCUCUGAUGAUGCCAGUUACGAGGAGAACGACGCAAGAGAAACCUCCGGGAACGUACCAAAUCAUCGAUUCGAUGCUGUAA